AUGACGGUCAUCACCCGAACGAUAACCAACACCAAGAAGGCUGAGAAAGUCAUUGAUGAGCAGUAUUUGGCUGCGGAUCUCGAUGAGAUCACCAAACUCCAAGAGGAGGAUCGCAAGGUCCUUUCUUAGUUCUCCAUGGAAAAUACUGAAGUCGUGAUUUCAGAAACCAUUGAAGACUGUUAUUGUCUGGAGGAACGUUCUCAUCUUCCUGGCCCUUCAUUUGGGAGCUCUUCUCGGAGUCUACCAGACCAUUUUCGAGGCUAAAUGGGCGACCCUCGCAUGGAGUGAGUUUAUUGAACUCUCUCUCUCUCUGUGUAUCAAUUUCCGCACUAAUUUACAAGAGAUUCGUCUCGUCUAUAAACUUAUAAGUCUGAAUAUUACCGCUGUGAGGAUAUAAACUCAAUUUUUUUUUCAUAAUUUAAAAUUUUGAAACCUCUUUCGAAUUAAAAAUUUUCCUUUACAUGCUUUUUUUGGAGUCUUUGAUUAAACGUGAACACUUAUCACGACUUUUCGGCCGCUUAUCAGUGGUCCAAACUUACUCGAGAAACGUGAGAAUGAGCAAGAGACGCGUCGUAGCAGCACGGAAUGGUGGUGUGACCGAAGUUCCCGAUAAAUUUCUUCUCCAUCAAUCAUCUCAGGCCAUUUUUACUCGUGCCACUGAUGAGUGCAAAAAUACUGGAGAAAGAGAAAAAUAACUGACCAAAGAAAAAAAAACCUUUUUCAGUGUUUUUCUUGCACGUUUUCGGAGGUUUCGGAAUCACCGCAGGCGCUCAUCGUCUGUGGGCUCACAGGUGUGUGGCUUUGUCAUUUUCUCGCCUGAAAAAUCAGAAAAAGUUCUGAAAGUUUUUAAAAUCGAGUUUUCAGAUCUUACAAAGCCCGCUUGCCGAUGAGAAUCUUUUUGAUGCUUUUGAACAAUAUUGCUCUGCAGGUUUGUCAACUUUUCUUUUUUUCGAUUGUGAGAAAAGGUCAUUCGAAAUGAAAUGGCGUGAUCUUUUCUGCACAAGGAUUUUUUACACUCACGCGUGCCUAGCAUUUUUUGUUUUUCUUUAAGUUUCAAAGAAUGAUCAUUGCACUUCGUUGAGGAAGCAGGUUUUCGAAAAACAAGAUAAAUAAAUACGGAGCCCUUAUUCAAAAAAAAAAAUUAAAACUUUGGUCAACGAUACCUUUUUGUUUCUUUGAAUAAAUGUCUGGCUAAAACUCAUAACUUUAAUUUCUGAAGCUUCCCCACAAAACUUUUUUUUUAAUGACGUCGAUUCAAUCUUAGAAUGACAUCAUCGAAUGGGCUCGUGACCACCGCUGCCACCACAAAUGGACCGACACGACUGCCGAUCCUCACAACACGGAGCGCGGUUUCUUCUUCGCUCACAUGGGCUGGUUGAUGGUCAAGAAGCAUCCGAUGGUGAGUCUUUGCUACUUUUCGGCGAUACCAACGAGAUCCUUCUUCAGGUUCGUGAACAAGGAGCCAAGCUCGACUUAUCGGACUUGUACGCCGACCCCGUCCUGCAAUUCCAGAGAAAGUGAGUUCUGGAUCUUACUGCCUCUGCAACGACGAAGACGUUCAGGAACUACCUGCCGCUGGUCAUCUUGUCGUGUUUCGUGGUUUCCGGCUGUCGUUCCCACUUACUUCUGGGGCGAGUCUGCCUUUGUCGCUUUCUACACGGCCGGCCUUUUCCGCUACUGUUUCACUCUUCACGCCACGUGGUGCAUCAACAGUGCGGCCCACUGGUGAGAUGAGCCUCGAGAAAUCUUUUUUCAUAGUUUCACUGUUCAGGUUUGGUUUCAAGCCUUAUGACCAGGCCAUCUCUCCCGUCGAGAAUGUCUGGACUACGGUCACCGCAGUUGGAGAAGGCGGCCACAACUUCCACCACACUUUCCCUCAGGUAAAUAUGCCCUCUUAUCAUUUCGUUUUCUAUUGUGAUCUCAAAAUAUUUAUUUCUUUUCGCACUUGCUCAUUUUCAUCAGAAACGCAUCAAUCAACUAAAUUUAAAACCUUCUUGUUAUUUUGCUCAAGUUGAAUCGACUUUUUUUUUUACGGAGCUGACAUAAGUAUUCCGGUUUUAUCAGUAUCCUUUAAAAAAAACGAUGUUGGUUUAAAAUAUCCUCAUUUCAGGACUACCGUACCUCGGAGUACUCGUGGCGCCUCAACUGGACCAGAAUCCUGAUCGACGCCGGCGCGGCCCUCGGUCUCGUUUACGAUCGAAAGUCUGCCUCUGAAGAGAUGAUCCGCAGGCAGUGUGCCAAUCAAGGAGACGCCGAGAAGAGAGAGAUCAUCCUCAACGCCUACGCUCGUUGAAACUUCCCUGCUUCUUCUUCUUUCUUUUUCCAAUACUGGUGAAAAAACAAACCUGUAGGCUCCGGUUGACAUUCGCCAGAAGGUUAUCUCCAACUCGGGUUCCUUUGUCGUCGUUUCCUUUUGUUCUUCAAAAUGUCUUACACUUCGGAAGGUUGUAUAUUUGCUCUUAAUAAAGUUUCAAUACAAGCAACUUCAGCAGUGCACUUUAUUGAAAUCCGCACGAGGCUCAAUGGAACAGCGAACUGGAAAAAUAUUCGAUUUCCAUUGAAAUCAAAGAAAAAAAGGUGGAAAUCGUAGGCUAAGACGAAUAAACUGCUACUUCUGCUCGUAUCUUGCACGUGGUCAAAAUUUUCUUUCUGAAAAGGAGAAAUGAAGAGAAUACGAUAUGUCGGGAAACUCCAGAAUCGCCCCCACCCGGUUACAGCCCCCAUGUCCGAACAAGCUUCUCCAAGGCGAAUUCGGACUGGGACGGCCAAUGGAACGGCCAACUUCGGGGUACCUUUUUUUUGCUCAGUACUUCGCUUUUUCUGCUAUUCCAUUUGCACGCGCCUAG